UCUAUCUGAUAAAGAGCAAAGCCAUAUUUGGACAGAAGUGAGAGCUGUUGGAACAAAUGUGUUAUUCCCAAUAUUGGAAGUGGAAGAAAUAGAAUGAAAAGAUGGAUCAUUUCAGUUUAUCAUCAGAAGAUAUUGGUUUCCGUCUUUUCACACGUGAAUCAUUGGCCACAAUUGAGAAGCGGAUUGCUGAGAAAAAAACAGAGCAAGUCAAGGCUAAGCUGCAAAAUCGUGUUCAACAGGCUGAAGUAGAAAAACGUCAGCCCCGACCUUAUCUGAGAGCUUGCAAAAAGCUGCCUGCUCUGUUUGGGAAUCCUCCUCUGGAGCUCAUCGGGGAACCCUUGGAAGAUUUGGAUCCGUACUACAGUGAUCACAAGACUUUUAUGGUACUAAAUAAAAAGAAGACAAUCUUCCGAUUUACUGCCACACGUGCCUUAUGUAUAUUUAGCCCUUUCCAUCCUAUCAGAAGAGCUGCAAUUAAAGUUUUUGUCCAUCCAUGGUUUACUGCAUUCAUUAUGUUUACUGUUCUGCUCAAUUGUAUAGUGAUGAUUCAAAAAGACUUUCUGGAGAAUAACAAAACCAUUGAGUUCACUUUUACUGGUAUUUACACUUGUGAAAUAUUGAUAAAAGUCUUAGCAAGUGGAUUUGUUUGGAAUCAAUUCACCUUCCUUCGCGAUCCAUGGAACAUUGUGGAUUUAAUUGUUACUGUUAUAAUGUAUGUGAACCUAUGUUUACGCAAAAAGAAUGUUCCAUUUCUUCGGAUUUUCAGGCUACUCAGAUUUUUAAAAGUUAUAUCAGUAAUCCCAGAACUAAAGGUCGUCGUAGAUGCACUUUUCCUGUCUAUUAAGAAACUUGCUGAUGUGAUGAUCCUGACUGUUUUCUGCUUGAGUGUUUUUGCCCUUGUAGGCCUCCAGCUCUUUAUGGGUAACUUGAAAAUGAAAUGUGUCCGUAACAAUACUAUAUUUGAUGAGAAAUUAUGUGAUGUUCCCAAGAUAAGUUAUGUAAACGAGUCAGAUAUCUGCUACAGAAUGAAUAAUUCCCAGGAUAUAUUACUGUGCGGCUGGAAACCUGAUAAGAAAUGUCCAGAGAACUAUUCCUGCCAGAAAAUUGGGGACAAUCCUGAUUUUGGCUACACAAGCUUUGAUCAUUUUGGCUGGGCCUUCCUCUCUGUUUUCCGUCUGAUGACACAAGAUAACUGGGAGCGUUUAUAUAGACAAACCAUCCGAACUUCUGGAAAGACCUACGUGAUCUUUUUUGUGGUGGUCAUCUUCCUGUGCUCAUUUUAUCUCUUCAACUUGAUUCUGGCUGUAGUAAUCAUGGCAUAUGAAGAGCAAAACAAUGCCACUCUUGCUGAAACACAGGCAAAGAAGAAAUUGUGUCAGGAAGCUGAGGAACUACUAAGGAAAGAGCAGGAGCAGAUAUCAGCAGACUCUGUAAACAAUCCAGUUCAAAGACAAAGGAUAAUGAGCGCAACCAAUAUUAUUGCCGAUGCCAAAAAGUCAAAAUGGAAAUGUCCUUCAUGCUGGAAUCGCUUUGCCCAAAAAUAUCUCAUUUGGGACUGUUACCCACUGUGGAUACAAUUCAAGGAGAAACUGAAGCUUAUAGUAAUGGAUCCAUUUGCUGACCUCACUGUCACUGUUUGCAUUGUGGUGAAUACCAUCUUCAUGGCACUAGAGCACCAUAAGAUGUCAGAAGCUCUUAGAAACAUGAUUUUUACGGCCAACUACGUCUUCACUGGAAUUUUUACAGCAGAAAUGAUCUUCAAAAUCAUCGCUCUAGAUCCCUACUACUAUUUUCAGCAGGGCUGGAAUAUUUUUGACAGCAUAAUUGUUAUGAUAGGCCUAAUAAGUAUAAUUAGGAAGAAAAAUCUGGCAUUUUUCAGAUUGCUGCGGAUCUUCAAAUUGUCAAGGUCAUGGCAAGCCUUAAAUAAACUUGUGAAAAUCAUGUAUCUGUCAGUUGGUGCCUUGGGUAGUCUUCAACUGGUAUUGUGUAUCACUAUAUUUAUUUUUGCUCUAGUAGGAAGGCAGGUUUUUGGAGAACAUUACUCCAACUUCACUAAAAUAAGCACAGAUUGCAAUUUACGCUGGCAUAUGAAUGAUUUCUUCCAUUCAUUCCUUAUUAUAUUCCGAAUUCUAUGUGGAGAAUGGAUUGAAACCUUGUGGAGCUGCAUGAAAGUAGCUGAGAAACAGUCGUGUCUUCCUUUUUUCUUGCUGGUCCUGAUGGUAGGAAAACUAGUGGUGCUUAACCUAUUCAUUGCCUUGCUGGUGAAUUCCUGGAAUAUUGAUGAUCCAGCAACACCAGAUGCAGCUGAAAAUAGGACCAAGCUUCAGCUUGCCUUUUCUCGGAUUCACAUGGGUCUGCAGUUUGUGAUUCAGAUGACAGGAGAUUUGUGUUGCAAAAUACUCAGACAAGGGCUGAAAACAAUGACCAGCAGGAAGGUUAUGGUGAAAGUUACCACACAGAACCUUGGCGGGAAUGACCAUGCCGCUAUAGAUAUGGGGGAAAAUUACACUGAUAAUGGGAUUUACCAAAACAAAGAGAAAUCCCCAAUGGCAAAGGACUAUGAGGAUUUUCUGACCAAUUCUAACACAUUUGUUUGUGUCCCCCUUGCUGAGGCAGAGUGUUACAGUGAGGAUUAUGAUGAUGAGAAUAGCACAUAUACCAAAAUGGAAUAUACAGCAAUGCAGGAAAAUGAACUAAAGCAUAGGAGAGAGAAACAGAAAAGCUCAGGAGUCUUAAGUCAGGCCUCUGAGACUUCUGAUACCAUAAGUGUGUUUUCCACCAGUACACAGAAGGAAAAACAAACAGAGGAAUUGGCGGGGAUCAUCCUAUCGACUGAAAAGUUAGAUGAACCUAAGGACUGUCUUACAGAAGGCUGUGUCCAAUGUUCCUUAUGCUGUGCAGUGGAUAUCACAAAGUUUCCAGGAAGUACUUGGUGGCGAUUCAGGAAAACCUGCUACCGAAUUGUUCAGAAUAGCUGGUUUGAAACUUUUAUCAUAUUCAUAAUUCUCCUGAGCAGUGCAACUCUGGCAUUUGAAGAUAUUUACCUUCAGGAACAUCCAACCAUUCAAAACCUUCUGAAGCUUGCUGAUAAAAUAUUUGCUUACAUCUUUUUACUGGAGAUGUUUCUGAAGUGGGUGGCUUAUGGUUUCCAGAAGUAUUUCACAAAUGUCUGGUGUUUGCUUGAUUUCUUUAUUGUAUGUGUUUCAUUGGUAAAUGUUAGCAAUGAGGAAGAAUUUAAAAGAACAGAAUUAUGUGCCACCCUAAACAUCAAGUCUUUCAGAACCCUGAGGGCAUUGAGGCCCCUCCGAGCCUUAUCCAGAUUGGAAGGAAUAAAGGUAGUUGUGUAUGCCCUGGUAGGAGCUAUUCCUUCCAUCAUGAACGUUAUGCUUGUCUGCCUUGUUGUCUGGCUCCCAUUUAACAUCUUUGGAGUGAAAGAAUUUUGUGGAAAGUUUUGGAAAUGCACUCCCCUAUCAAGUGAUUUGAUUGAUCAAAUUAAUAACAGAAAUGACUGUGAAAUCCAUAGUCACAGGCAAUCCUUAAAAUGGGAGAAUGCUAAAGUCAACUUUGAUCAUGUUGGAAUGGGGUACUUAGCUCUUCUGCAGGUGGCAACUUUUAAAGGCUGGAUGGACAUUAUGUAUGCCGCAGUGGAUUCACGUGAGGUAGACCAGCAGCCAAAAUAUGAACACCGUUUAUACAUGUACUUGUAUUUUGUGUGUUUUAUCAUGAUUGGAUCUUUUUUCAUGUUGAAUCUCUUCGUUGGAGUUGUUAUCAAAAAUUUUAACGAACAAAGGGAAAAGAUAAGCGGAGAUCAUCUCUUUUUGACAAAGGAACAGAAAAAGUAUUAUAAUGCCCUGAAGAAACUUGGAUCCAAGAAACCCCAAAAACCCAUCCCACGGCCAUUGAACAAAUACCAAGGAUUUUUUUUUGACAUUGUAUCAAGCAAAGCUUUUGAGAUUACCAUUGUGACUCUCAUCUGCCUUAACAUGAUCAUUCUGAUGUUGACCAGUGAAGACCAAGAUGAAAAAACCAGAGAUAUUCUUGACAUCAUCAACAAGGUCUUUGUUGCCAUAUUUACUGGAGAGUGCAUCAUGAAAAUACUGGCUCUAAGACACUACUUCUUCACUGAUUGCUGGAAUAGAUUUGAUUUACUGGUUGUGAUCCUUUCAUUAGUUGGUGUUGGAGUUGAUGUUGUUUUAAAGUCUCCGUCACUGUUGAGAAUCGUUCGUUUGGUGCGGGUUUGCCGAAUCCUCAGACUAAUACGGCAAGCCCAAAGAAUUAGAACUCUCCUUUUUACAUUAUUGAUGUCCCUUCCUGCUCUGUUCAAUAUUGGUCUCCUGCUUUUUCUGAUCAUGUAUAUUUAUGCUAUUUUGGGCAUGGCUUUCUUUGCCUAUACUGAUUUGGAUGAUAAGAUUGAUGACAUUUUCAACUUCCAAACCUUCGGUGGCAGCAUGCUCUGUCUCUUCCAGAUCACAACGUCAGCUGGCUGGCACGACCUUCUUAACCAUUUCUUAGGGACAAGAUCUGACUCUCGCACUCCAAAUUUAAAUAUACAACGUACAAACGAUACUUCUUGUGUACCUAGCUCUGUAGCAAUUAUAUAUUUUGUAAGUUAUAUCAUUAUAUCAUUUCUUAUUGUUAUAAACUUGUAUAUAGCUGUUAUUUUAGAGAACUUGAAUGUUGCUACUGAGGAAAGUAGAGAGCCUUUAUGUGAAGAUGACUUUGAUAUGUUUUAUGAAAUAUGGGGGAAGUUUGAUUCUGAGGCGACUCAGUUUAUUGAGUAUUCUGCACUUUCAGACUUUGCAGAUGCUUUGGAAAAACCCUUACGUGUAUCAAAACCCAACAAAAUUCAGCUUAUAGCAAUGGAUCUUCCUUUAUUUAGUGGAGAUAGGAUCUACUACUGGGAUAUUUUGCUUGCUUUUAUCAAAAGAGUGUUAGGAGAAUCUGGGGAAAUGGACAAACUAAUGAUGGAGAAUAAGCUUAAGAUUGCCAUUCCAUCCAAGCUUGCUUAUAAACCAAUCACAACUACCCUUAGAAGAAGACGAGAGGAGCUUUCUGCCAUUAUUAUCCAAAGGGCUUUCCGGUCCUAUUUGAUUCAGUGUUCUAUGAAACAGGGUUCUUUUUCAUACCAACACAGAACAUGUGACAGUAGCAUCUUUGAAGAAGAUGUAUCUGAGAAGGAAAGUAGUCAGUCAGAUAAAUCACAAACUGCAUCUUCCAUUUCUUUCCCUCCAUCUUAUGAUAGUGUCGCUGAGGCCACUAAUGAUAACUUGCAGGUGACAAUUACAGAGUCAAGCAAAGCCAAUUAACUUAAAUGGAAAUAACCUUUUGAUUUCAGAAUAUAAUACUAUAACUUAACAAUUAUAAUAGUCUUUAUUAAGAGUUAAUGAUUGCCUAAUCCUUACAAUGAUGAAUUUUUACCUUUGCGAGUUCUCCCCAACAUGAGCAGGAGUUACGCAACUGAGUCCUAAAUAUUAGUUGCAAAUCAAACAAUGGCAAUUUUAUCUUUAGCUACCGAAGUAAAGUUUUCAACUUACUAUUAUACAAGAUCAUACCAGUUAUAU